CGAAAGUCUACCUGCGCUUCGUUUUAGUGGAAAUCAAAGACUUGAUAUUUCUAAAACAAAAUAUCGAGAACAAAGCUACACACGGAUGAUGUGACGCGACAAAAAUAGCAAGACCCACUGUUUCACACAACAAUCAUAACGUACAGUAAGUUCUUUUUUUACAUCAUGUAGUGCUAAAAUCCAACAUGGACAGCAGGCGGCUCAACGGCGACAGUUCGGAGGUCGCCGUCAUGCAGGCGCUGCGAUUGCAGAGAGACCGCUCUUGUUGAGACACGGGCUCGACAACAUCCGGCAGAGGCAGUGAACCAAAAUAGCAGGGAGGUACACUGCUUCUGGGAUCGCGGUCGAAAAGAGCAGAAGCAAGCAAUUGAUUAGGAUCAGGAAUUUUGAUUUCUCAGGAGUUAACAUACUAGUGGAAGAACCCGGAGAAAGUCCUCGUCAAGAAAGAAAGCACUACCAAAUUCGUAAUAUUGGAACAACAAAAUGGCGGCGCCUCAGCAUCCCAUCAUGCUCGAUCCGCGGGCGCAAUGGAUCCAGAGCAAGACGGCGGAGCUGCUGCCUGCGUUCAGCCAAGAUUUGUGGAAGGACCUGAUGAACCGGGAAGCCGACAAGCAUGCCAACGCGCUGAAGGACUUCCUGGACGAAGCGGAAGCGGGCAGCACAGCCUUCUUUUAUGUGAUCGAUCCGUUAGCGAAGGAGGGGGAGAAGGCCGAGGGCGGUGGCGGCGGAGACGUCAGCGGCACGGCAAGCAAGAGCUCGGCGGGCUUGGGCGGGGAUGCCGAAGGAGGCGCGGAGAACGCGGGUUCGGAAGGCGCAAGCCCCCGCAAGGGUAGCUUGGGAAAAUUGAGAGGCCAAGUGCACCGAAUAGGCUUUUCGAGACGGCUGAGUGCGAAGGUGGACCCGACCAAGCGCAAAGCGGGGUGGCUCAGCAUCAACUCGCUCCCGAACGGCGCGGAGGUCGAGAGCGACGUAGUUUUGUACUUCCAAAAAAUCAAGCCCGGGCGCGUCGACGUCACAGGCGUUCUAUUGGCGGAGGGCAUGCGACGCAGCAUCUUGUCCGGAGCCACCAGCGCCCACUUUUUGAUGGACUUGAAACUCAUGUUCGACAACCUGUACCUGCCGCUCUUUUACAAGACCACGAGCAAGUUAAGGCCAGAUUUUUAUUAUCCUCUAUCUUUGUAGUUAUUUUCUGGUUUUUUUUUGUUUUCUUUAGUCAGGGUAGUGUCUAGUUACAGAUCAACUCGAGUUCUUGUCUUAUCUUAAGUGUCAGGGAAGCUAUGUCGAGUGGAAUUGUACGACCCGACACGUACAAUAUCACAGAAUCACAGAAUCAAAUACUGUACAACAUCUUCUAAGCAAGGCGAAGACUUUAGCCUUGGACUCGCGCUCGGGGGACGAAGACGAGGCGCCCCCAGGAGAGGACGCAGACCGCGCACCAGGAGCUUCCAGUGAUGAAGGGGGAAAAGUUCAUUUGGAAGCGCCAAAAAUUGACGACAAGCUCCCGAAGGCGAUCGAAUUCCUGCCGACGCAUAUCUACGAAGAGAUACAAUCUCUCACCAACAAAUUCUCCACACAAGUUUCGCAGGCAGCAUCGCAGGUUCUACAGAUUCUUAUCGUGAUUUCAAAUUGUUAUGUUACUCCACAACCAAGCAAACCACCGACACUGAGACUAGAGUAAAUGCUGCUCCCGAACCUGGAUUUGUAUUUUUUGCUCUUCGAUUGCAAUGCUUACUAAUCUUCAUGAUGAAUGUACGACAACGACCAUAUUCAAAUUCAAUAGGUGUAUGGCAGUGUGAAUAUUCGUGUGCCUGAGGUAGCGAGUCAGUACAAUGAGGAGACUGUGGAGAGCAUGACAAAGGAGCACUUGGCUGAACUCGAAGGCGCCGUGGAGGAGUGGACUAAGAUUAUGGAAGGCACGGUGAGACGCGAGACGAACCGAGGACGGGCCAAUAAGUAUCCCUUAGCGGAGAUAGAGCUGUGGCGAGAGCGCAGCAGCAAUAUUUCCACCCUGUACGAGCAACUCUCGCUGCCCAAUGUGCAGGCACUGCUGAAUCUACUUCACAAGCAUCCACAGCAGAGCACAGGACUGCUGGUGCAGACGUUUGAGGACAGCUUCGGAGAACUGGCGAAAAUGCAUGCAGAAGCAAAAGACAACGUGAAAUUUUUGACCACACUGGAAAGACACUUCAAGAAUCUGCAGACCAACCCGGUCCACCAAGUUGUGGAAGUGCUUCCAAGCCUGCUUAACAGCAUACGCAUGGUUUGGAUCAUCUCAAGGUACUCAAAGCAUACUUCUUUGUUUUCUCUUUCCGAUGAAACAGGGACUAGUACGCAUUUUCCGGAUAUCUCCACGACCAAGUACUACUGGUAAAGAUAGCAUCGGGUAGAUAAUGUUUUUUCUAAUUGGGUAAGCAUCGUAAUGCUAGGAAUUUUUCUUCUUAGAGGUCGAAACCGUCGAGAUGAGUAAAUAUUUCUAACCUGAUACUGGUAAUCGUGACGAUGGCUAUAUAUAAUGUUUCGUAGGUACUUCAACAUCGAUGAGUACAUGGAGCCGCUGAUGAAACGAGUAGCGGAUCAGAUAGCGGAUAAGGUUGAAGAGAGCAUUCAGAUACCCCAGAUCUUUCAGAUGGACAGCUCCAAGGCUAUGAAGCUGAUCGCGGAUUGUCGGGAAGCCUUAGACAAGUGGGAGUUGAUCUACCUGCAGACACGAGAGAAGAUUGAGGAGAGCGGGACCGAUCACCGCUGGGAGUUCGACCGACUGAAACUAUUCAAAAAAACCAAGUUCAUGUCCAAGAUAUGCGGUGAUCUCUACGAGGUGACGCAGGUACUGGUGCAAUUUGAGAAAUUCUUGGGCCCAGAGUUGAAGGAAGUUACCGGCGACAGCGCGGACAUAGACGAACUCUUGAAAUUAUGGCAUGAGAGAUGUACAGCAUGAAAUGUUCCACCCGUUUCAACUAUGAACUCCUGACUGUUGCAGAAACGAAAAGAUCGAAUUCGUAAAUCUACCAUGCAUGUUCUUGUAAUCCAUCAUUGAUCUUAUUGCGGUACUAUCGUGUCCCUUUUCUUUUCUAAUAGCUGAAGUUGCGAGCCUGACUUCUGCGGAGCUGCAGAAAGUGAGUUCUAGGAAGGCCUUUGAGGAGCGCAACUACACCACAGUGUGGGAACCGAUGAUGCAGAAGUUUCGGGAGAAAGUAGCGGUGAUCGAGAAACGGGCUAUCGUAUUUUUGGACACUAGUUUCCAGAACUUGCGAUCCGCCGAAGGCGCCUUCCAGCUCCUGCAGAACUUCAAGAACAUCGAAAGUCGAGAAACCAUCAACGCAAAAAUGAGCGAAAAGUUUGCGGACAUCUUGAAGCAGUACGGAAGUGAGGUAAGCAGGACCCGGAUUCAGAAGAGUUUAGAAUGAAACAAAGUAUAUACUGAUUAUAGUAAGAGGUCUACGCUCGUAUUGUUAUUAGCACGACCAUGAAUUAAUUACUUGCCUGGAUUGAAACUAUUCUUCUAGAUUUCCAUAAUUUGCUUUUGCUGAUGUGUUUUUUUGAACUUUUUCAAUAGGUCCACCGCAUGCGCGAUUUGUUCCGUAAGGAAAGCGUGCAGUACAAAGGCCCGAAGGACAUUACCCCAGUCGCGGGUCGUAUUGCUUGGGCGCGCAGCAUCUUUGCUCGCAUAAAGAGGCCUGUCUUGUCGUUCAAGACGAUGCCCCAACUGCUCCAGACCGCAGAGGGUCAGAUAGCUUGCCGGGACUACGUCGACUUGGGGAAAGAAAUACUGGAAUUCGAACAAGAACUGUAUUCGGAGUGGCAAUCUACCGCAGUGGAAUUAGUGCAGAACUCGUUGACGUGCAACAUUUUGACCAAACGGGAGCGCGGUUUUGUCGUUAACUUUUCCGUCGAUUUGGACCUGCUCAUACGCGAAGCCAAAGCCCUAGAUCAGCUAGGCGGUUUCGAAUUGCCACAACUAGUGCUCAACGUGGGGCUGCAAGAGGAAAAAUACAAGCAGUUCGUCGAGCAGUUGCAAUUUUAUGCAAAGGAGACGAAAUAAUUUGCUCUUACAUCGUCCAUUCAAAUGGAUAUCCUGGUUUGAAAAUUGAGAGGUGGCAGGACUACUUGUGGAAAACUUUUCUUCACGUUUUUCCUUUUGAUCACGUAAUGAUGGAGAUUGAUGAGGCUUCUAAGAUUGACUUGUAGAAGCAUACGAUGAGGUUGUAGGUGCAAUGUCCGAUGUGCAGCGAGACCUGCUCAAGGGACAGCUGAAAAUGCUAGAUGACUGUCUGCGACCGGGUUUAGAAGUGCUCAACUGGAACUCGCUCGGAAUUUUAUGAUCGCUUGGAAUUUUGUUUUUACCAUUUGCUGACUUUUCGUCUGGACAGGACUGUCAUUGCUCCGUUCGUCUAAACUGUUAUUGACAUCUAUUUAAUGACACUGUACUGGUACUGUCUAGUUAAUGAUUCUUCCCUGUAACAAUACACGAGGUGCUCGCGUCUGUUUCUAAUGCUGAUGGCGUUUAUUGAGGAGGGGAAUCGGGGUGUGUCGACUUUGCGCUCAACAGUGGAUCAGGUGGAGAAGAGUCAGGAGCGCAUAGAGAACGUGGUGGAAGCUAUCGAGAAUGCGGUUUUGGUCAGGCCAUUCAACUGGGAGGAGCAGAGCGAGGUCAUGGACCACAACGAUUAAGGCUUAAUGUGUAAUUCAUCUUGAGAAGCAUUUCUCUUUACUGAUUCCUUUACUUUUGACAAGAAAUUAGACGAGUCAAAGAAAGAUGAGCUUCAAGAGGAACUUGGGUAAUCUCUAAGGAGAAUUCUACGAGUACUUUGAACGGUUCCGAGAAGAGCAAAUCGCGGAACUGGUGAAAAAAUACGAGUCAAUAUCUCCGUUCUUGAUCAAGAUCGAGGAAACGACGGCAGGCACGAAAACAGGGUCAUCACCAAGUAUGGCAGACUACUAUUCCUACUGGGAGAAACGAAUAUUCAAUGGGAUCACGACCAUGCUGAUUCGAGCAAUGGCCACGUUUCAAACACUCUUUGCCAGCAGUGCCCUGUCAGCGCAGGAGUCACAAGUGAUGCAGGAGCAAGCGGGCGUUUUAGCGGUCCCGGGCUCGUUUGCGACCUCGGUGAUGCACCACAUGCUUCCGCCGGGUGCGACAGACACAAGCUUUUCCGCACCGGUUGGGCCGGUGGAACCAGUGGCAAAGGGCCCUCUUCUCCGGAUAAAGUUAUGGUUUUUCUACGUCUUUAAUUUCAAGAUUCUCCUCUAUGUCGCUGAAGCAACUACUCGUGAUCAUUCGCGACAGCAGGAAAUGCUGUUGAAUUAACUGCAUUUACAACUCAUCUGUAUUUCUGGUAAUUGGGACGAUGUGACUAGUCUGGUGCACAAUUGUUUGUAGUGUCUAUAAUCAAUCCAGUAAAAUAUCAAUAUCAUGCUCUACUUAUAGUAGUUUCUUCUUCCUCUAAUUUCUGCGCAAUUCAACGCCCCAGAUGUGGUCUUGAGUGCGCUGCACCAGGUUUUCAAGACCAUCACGAAGCUCUUGCAGAACGUGCUGCAGAGUGCUCACUUUUUCGUGCGAUGGAUGGAAGGGACUUGCCGCCUCGUGCCGCCGCCGCCCCAGCAGGAGGAGGACCAGAAAUUGACCGAUUUCACCUUUUACCGGGACAUUUACCAGAACCCGGCUCUGAUCGAGAUGACCAUCGCCAUCCAAAACAACAUUCAGAACGUUUUUCAGGUGAUGAGCAAGUUUCUGCGGUCCUGGAAAAAAUACGACACCCAGUGGAAGUUGUGGGACACCAAGGGCAAGCAGGAACUCGAAAAGCUGUACGACCGCAAGCCAUCCGUGGUGUUUUUCGACGUCUACAUCAACGUGUACAAGGGGCUAGCCGAGGGCUUGGCGAGCUAUCCGCGAGAAAAGGAUAUUGGCUUCGUGCGCAUCGACUCCACAGCAGUGAUUGCCGGCAUUCGGUCGCAGACGCUGGAGUGGGUGCAAGCGUACGGCUCAAUCCUGCAACGUUUGGCGCAGAGGGAGCUGGAAAUCGUCUCGAAAGAAAUCACAACUUUCACAGAGCAGCUGAGUUGCGAGACCCCGGACAGCUUGGAAAAACUGAAGUUUGUCCUUGGCGUUAUUUCGCAGAUCAUGUCCAUGAACAUGGAUCAAGAGGCUCGUAUCGUACACGAAGUACAAGAGCGCUACCGCACACUCCUCAUUCACGGAUAUCAACCUCUAGACCAGGUGGAGGAGGUCGACGCUGCAAAUAAUCUACCAGACAGGUGGCAGGUUUUGAUUAUGACACAUACUAGCAAGAAGGCACCAACAAAUCUCGAGUUUGAAGUAGAAGGAACAUCAUUACUACUUCUUAUGUUGAGUGUAUUACAAACAUGAUCGAAUCAAUUAAGUCUUCGGAUUCUAAUCUGCAAGACUUGGCACUGACUCGUGAUCGGCGGCUAGUUGCAGUGAAAGAGACGUUUUCUCAGGUCACGGCAACGCAGGUGACUGAAUUCUGCGAUGAAUUGGUGGAGGUUUACAAGGAGUUCACUGCUUGCGGACCCGCGACGGCGGGACUGCAGACGGGCGCAGACGGCGGCGAGUUGACAUUGGAAGAGGGCAGAGAGCUGAUGAAGCGGUACGAGAGCGAUUUGAAGAGCUACCAGAAGCGGCGGGAAGAGCUGGUGAAAGCGCAAACUCUCUUCAACUUGCCCAUUGCGGCAUGUCCUGAACUAGCCUCUCUGGACCGCGAAAUGAAGGUCUUAAGGCAAAUCUACGACGUUUUCUCGGCGCACGCAGCGAUGGUGAACGAGUUUUCGAGCGUGCCGUGGACCAAACUGGAGCUCGACGCACUGGCGAAAUCGGCGGAGGACUUCGACAAAAAGGUGCGUCGCAUGCCCAAAGAACAGCGUGAGAUCGGCGAUGUGGCAGCUUUUGGUACGCUGGAAAAAACCGUGAUCGAUUUCAAAAGUUCGGUGCCCCUGAUCCAAUCUUUGAAGCACCCGGCUAUCAAACCGCAGCACUGGAGAGAGCUGCAGGAACUGGCAGGGACAGGCCAAGAAGAAGAAGAGAUGGACGAAGCAGCAAAGAAAAUUAAGGCUGCCGUUGAAGCAUCCUCAGCGCCAUCCUUGGCCUCCUUUUCAAGGGGAAAUGCGGCUCAAGGAUGGGCUCAGGGAUGCGACGCGGUAGCUCUAAGAAAAAGGCUGAACUGGAUCCAGCGAAGAUGACCCUGCUGCAAGUACUUCUUAUUUAUUUCUUACUAACUUUGUGAUGAAACACAGACACAUGAUUUUGGUACCUGUUAUUUCAGUUAUUCUUCUCCUGCUGGUUUGUGCUGCGAGAGGGUCCGGUUAAGUUGAAGAUCGAGUCCGACAAUCUUGUAUUCUUUUUGAAGGAUGCAACUUUGUAGAACAAUUUAUUUGUUCGUGUCUUCUAGGUGUUCCGCUUAGGGCUGCACCGGUUCCCUGAGGAGGUGAAUGAGAUUGUGAUUACCGCGCAGAACGAGCUGAAGAUCGAGAAUGAACUGCAGAAAGUGGACAGUUUCUGGAGGACUUGCAUGUUCCAGAUGUACCACCACAAGGGUGAUACGCAACUGCUCCAGCCGAACGAGGACAUGCGGCUGGUGUUGGACGAUCACAUUCUGACUUUGCAAUCCAUGGGUGGCAGCAAGUAUGCCGCGAAGUUGCUGGAUGUGAUCAAGCGGUGGGAGAAGAAUCUGAAUAUUGUGUCCGAAGUCUUCGACGUGUGGCUCCAGACGCAGCGGAAGUGGAUGUAUUUGGAGUCCAUUUUCAUGGAGAGCGACGACAUCCGCUUGCAGCUUCCAGAGGAGGCGAAGAGGUUCGACAAGGUGCACCAGCAGUUUUUGGCAGUGAUGACCGAGACGAUAAACAACAAGAACGUCUUGGGCGCCUGCUGCAAGAACGAGGGAGCCCGCUACCAGGAGUUCAAAGACCUGAUUGCGGCCUUCGACAAAAUCCAAAAGUCGCUUACAGACUACUUAGACACGAAGCGAUCGGCGUUCCCGCGUUUCUACUUGAUUUCGGACGACGAGCUACUGUCGAUUCUGGGUACCUCCGACGUGCUGGCGAUCCAGCCGCACAUGAUCAAGCUGUUUGACAACUGCAAAGAGCUGAACUUUCCCAGGGUGAAAACCGUGGCCGGCAUGUGGUCCGAGGAAGGCGAGUACUUGACCUUUCACGAGACUGUGGCCGCGGAAGGCGCGAUCGAAGACUGGCUGAACCGAGUGGACUUCCAGAUGCAGGAGACGCUUAUGCGCUUGUCCAAGGACGCGGUGUGGCACUACGCGAGCGAGGAGCGCGUGUUGUGGCUGCAGCGGUACGUGGGCAUGGUUGCGAUUUUGGGGACGCAGAUCUGGUGGACCUGGUUGGUAGAGGACGCGUUCCGGAAGGUCGCCGAGGGGGAUAAGAGCGGGAUGAAAAUGGAGCUCGCGAACCAGAACAAGCAGGUGACGGACUUGAUCGUCUUGGUUUCGAGCAACAUCUCGAAGCAGCAACGAAAAAAGGUGAACGCCUUGAUUAUUCUGGACGUGCACGCUAGGGACAUUGUGGACCGCUUUGUGCGUGAUAGCGUGCUCUCGGCCGACGACUUCGAUUGGGAGUCGCAGUUGCGCUUCUACUGGGACCGCCGCAUCGACGACGUGAGGGUGAAGCAGUGCACUGGUAUUCUGCGCUACACCUACGAGUACCAGGGCCUCAACGGGCGUCUCGUCAUUACGCCCCUGACCGAUCGUUGCGUGAUGACAUUGACGACGGCCUUGACGUUCUACAUGGGCGGCGCGCCAGCGGGUCCGGCAGGUACGGGUAAAACCGAGACGACCAAGGAUUUGGCGAAGGCGCUCGCGAUUCCCUGCGUGGUGACCAACUGCGGUGACGGUUUGGACUACCGUGCGAUGGGUGUCAUUUUUUCAGGGCUCUCCGAGACCGGUUUUUGGGGCUGCUUCGAUGAGUUCAAUCGUAUCAAUCCGGAGGUGUUGUCCGUGGUCGCCGCACAGAUCAAGACGAUCCAGCUGGGUCUCGCAGCAGGCUCGAAGACCAUUGAAAUGCUGAACCGCGAAAUCGCUCUGAAGGUUACCAUCGGCUACUUCAUCACGAUGAAUCCCGGUUACGCAGGUCGUAGUGAGCUGCCGGAUAACCUGAAGGCGCUGUUUCGUCCGGUGACGAUGAUUGUGCCAGACUUGAUGAUGAUUUGCGACAACAUGCUCAUGUCGGAAGGUUUUCUGCUUUCUAAAGUCUUGGCAAAGAAAAUGACCGUGCUGUACGCACUCUCUGCCGGACAGCUGUCGAAGCAGUACCACUACGAUUUCAAACUGCGUGCGCUGAAGUCUGUGUUAGUGAUGGCUGGAGAUUUGAAGCGAGGCGCGCCCGACCUCGGCGAAGAUGUGGUGCUCAUGCGCGCGUUGCGUGACAUGAACAUCCCGAAGUUUGUGAAGCAGGAUGUGCCGCUUUUCCUGGGAUUGCUCAAUGACUUGUUCCCUGGCCUCGACUGUCCCCGAGUCGGUAACCCCGAGCUUAAGCAGGGCAUCAUCGAUAUUCUCACGGAAAACAACAAUCGACCGGCGCAAGCCAAAUACAACGAAACCUUUGACCUCCAAGUGGAUAAGGUACUUUUGCCCUUGUUCGUAAUAUCCUUACUUGCAGUCCUCUUCGCUUGAUUCAGCCAGAAGGUACGCGGCAACAUGAUUUACGUUUGUUCCUUUGACAUGUCCGUGACUCGUGGUCCAAAUACUUCUAUGAUGCUGUAUCUAUUCCGACUUCGUAAAUGAACUCUUCCACGCAGGUGAUGCAAUUGUACGAGACGAUGCUUACACGCCACUCCACAAUGGUUGUUGGACCGACGUGCGGCGGCAAGUCGGUGUGUGUGGAAACUUUGGCCGGGGCGCAGAAGCGCGCCUUGAAUUUGCCCACCAAGAUUUAUCCGAUCAACCCAAAGGCGGUGACGACAGACGAGCUUUACGGCGUGCUGAACCCGGCCACACGCGACUGGACAGACGGAUUGCUGUCCAAGAUUUUCCGCGAUAUGAACGCCAAUUACGAUCCGAAAAAGCCAGAGAGGCGUUACAUUAUGUACGACGGCGACGUCGAUGCGCUGUGGAUUGAGAACAUGAACUCUGUGAUGGACGACAACAAGUUGCUGACUCUGCCCAACGGUGAGCGUAUUCGAUUGGAGAAUCACUGCGCGAUGUUGUUCGAGGUGUACGACUUGCAGUACGCUUCGCCGGCCACCGUGAGUCGUUGCGGUAUGGUCUACGUGGACGACCGCAACUUGGGCAACGGGCCUUACUAUGAUCGCUGGGUGCGGCUGAAGUGCGGGCAGCACGAGCCCAUGAAGGAGCAGCUGUUGGAUCUCUACGGCAAGUUCUGGCCGCAGCUAGUCCUGUACGUGUACGAGGGCCGCGUCGGGGAGAGCGUCGGGGAGCCCGUGCCGUUGCAGAUUCCACGAUCGCAAGUCGGAACGGACGCGAUGUACCAGUUCUCGAAGCUGUUUGACGCCAUUGUUGCCACCGUGGACGACAGCGGCGGCGGCAAAGAGGGUGAGCAGGACAACUCUUCGCGCGACACGAUGAUGACCACCAGCGGCGUCGAGAUUUCCCUCGACCUCUUAGAGCACAUCUACGUGCUGUGUUUGGUCUGGUCAGUGGGAGCCGCGGUUGACGAGAAGGGCAGGAUCUUGUUUGACGAGUUUAUUCGCAAAAGAUCUUCGAAGAUGAUGCCCUCGACGCCCUUGUACGAUAACUACUUCGACUACGAGUCCUCGGGACGCUGGGUGCCUUGGGACGACCUGAUCCCGGAGUGGAACCCGCCUUUGGACAUCAAUUUCAACCAGAUCUUGAUUCCCACCGUGGACACCACGCGCUACAGCUGGCUCAUCAAGAAGUUUCUCUCGGUGGCGCAGCCCACUCUGUUUGUCGGUGAAUCGGGUACGGCGAAGAGCGUCACGACGCAGAGCUGCCUGGAAACGGGGUGGAGCAGCGAGGAAAGCAUUAUUCUGAACAUCUCUUUUUCGAGUCGCACGACCAGUAUGGACUUCCAGCGCACGAUCGAAGAUAACGUGAGCAAGCGCACAGGAAGGCAGUACGGACCCGAACAAGGCAAGCGCCUCCGCAUCUUCAUCGACGACUUGGCCAUGCCCAAAAUCGACACCUACGGCACGCAGCAGCCGCUGGCUCUGCUGAAAUUCCUAGUCGAGCGCGGCUACAUUUAUCACCGUAUUGAACUGGAGAAGAUGCUGAUUCUAGAUUGCGAAUACAUCUCCGCGAUGCAGCCACCAGGCAGCGGGCGCAACCACAUCGACCCGCGCGUUGCCUCGCUGUACGCGAUUGUGGGUGUGCUGGCGCCGUCCGUAGCGACGGUGGAGCGGAUUUUUGCGAGCAUCCUGGCGUUCCGGUUUCAGUCGGGCGCUUUCCCCGACAGCGCGAAGGACGCCACACUUAAAUUGCCUCAGAUGGCGAUGGAGGUGCACAACAACGUGAUCGCGUCGUUGCCACCCACGCCAUCGAAGUUUCACUACAUCUUCUCGUUGCGCGAUUUGAGUCGCGUCUUCCAAAACCUGUUCAUGACAGCGGACCCAGCGUACCUUGCGACGGACGUGCAGGUGGUUCGCAUGUUCCGCAACGAGGCCCUGCGCGUGUACGACGACCGGCUGAACGAUGAAAAGGACAAGGAGUUCAUUGCAAACCAGCUGGCGGCAGCCGUGCGCGCCAACUUUGGGGGCGUCGCGGAUGCGGUGAUGGCCGAUCCGAUGGUGUUCGGCGACUUUCGGGAAGUCUUGGACAGCAUGAUGAAGAGCGAAACGCCCUGGUUGGUGCCGCGCAGCUAUGUGGACUUGGGCAACUGGGAGAACGUGAAGAGCAUCAUGAACCCGAUUCUCGAAAAUUACAAUUUGGACAACAAGAUCAUGAAUUUGGUGCUCUUCGUGGACGCGAUGGCGCAUUUGACGAGGGUGCAUCGCAUUAUCCGCAUCCAGCGUGGACACGCGUUGCUCAUCGGUAUCGGCGGCAGCGGCAAACAGUCCCUCACUAGGCUCGGGACCUACACGGCCUGUUACAACUUGUACGAAAUUACUCUGGCGCGCGGCUACGGUGACAGCAACAUUCGCGAAGACUUAAAAGCCCUCUACACGGCAGCAAUCAAACGCCCGCAUAGCUUCUUAUUCCGUGACCAGGACGUGGUGCAGGAAGGUUUUCUGGAGUACAUCAACAUUAAGGCAAGUUCAGUUUAGAAAUUUUCUAUCUACUUUUUGAGGCAUUGGUAUGCUAUUCGAUUCAGACUCUUGUGUUGUCAGAGGACACCUAUUGCGUUUCCUUCAAACGCAGAAGAGCCUCAAGAAGACGGGUCUCUGGUAAGUAAGUAGAUGGAUUUGAAAGGACCGGUUCUAAUGAAAAUAUUCUGACUGUGGGUAUGGUUCCCGCGUUGAUGGCCGAGGAUGAGAAGGAGCCUCUGUAUCAGGUCGCGCGGCCCGAGGCAAAGAAACAAGGUAUUCCGGAAACAGGGCUGUGGGGGGUCGUGGUGAACAUGCUCAAGGACAAUCUGCACAUGGUGCUUGCAAUGUCUCCAGCCGGAUCGCAACUAAGAACAAGGUGUCGAAACUUUCCGGGAAUGGUCAGUUGCUGUACAAUCGAUUGGUUCUUCUCGUGGCCUGAAGAAGCUUUGCUGGCGGUCGCGGAGUACUUCUUGUUACGAGUGCAAAGUAGUUCUAGUUUACCACUCCUCCUGAAACUCGGUGCGACAACAUACCCUCCCGAGUUUGGGCUAUCCUGAUUCCUCAGUGAAAAGAAUUGAUUUGAGAAUUCUUUUCUGUUGAAGUGAUCAUGUCCAGGGGUUCUUCACAGCCUUAUAUUAUUCAGUCAAUGUCACGUUGAGUGAAUAAAUUUCCGUCAUCUAAUUUUGAGCAACGUUGAGCUGCCACCAGAGAAUCGCAAUGACAUUGCGAAGACCAUUUCCUACGUGCACACGAGCGUGACCACGAGCUAUAGUCCGGAUUUCGAAGCGAAGUUCAAGCGAAAGAACUUCGCCACACCGAAAAACUACUUGGAUUAUCUCGCGAACUACAGCGAAUUCUUGGAGAAGAAUCGGGAUAACAGCGACGCGCUGAAAAAGCGGCUGGGUGGCGGUCUCGAGAAGCUCAUUGAGGCGGCUGAGCAAGUGAGCGUGAUGAGCGAGGAGCUAGCGAAGAAAGUAGUCAUCGUUGCGGACAACGCAAAAAACGUCUCCGCUUUGAUCGAGGAGAUCAACCAGAAAACGGAAGUAGCAACGAAGCGGCAAGAAGAAGCAAAUGUUAAGACUUUUUGUCAUACAUUGUUGAUCAUCACCUCGAGUAAAGAUGUAGACCUUUCUUGCAAUUCAUUACCACCGGACCGUGAGUAAAAGUAUAGGUCUAGUACAUCAUUGCUGCUGACGCAAUUUAUUAUCAGCUGGAUUAAAGAUGUAGAUCACCUAGUAGUAGAUCAUGUUUCCUUCUGACGUUGCUAGCAUAAGCAAACACGUAUAACCGGCUACCGUGUACUAUUCUUCGGUUUUCCUUCCAUAUUAGCAUUCCGAGAAGGUAAAACGUAGAAACUGUUUUUGAACAGUGGAGAGCCCUAAAACAGCGGCAGCAAAAAAGAUCGAGGAGGACAACGUGGUCAUCGUACGGGAGAAAGCGGAUGCUGACGAAGCUCUGCAAGCAGCGCUUCCGGCACUAGCCGCUGCAGCUGAAGCCCUCGAAAAUCUCGACAAAAAGGAUAUCACGGAGGUCUGUCUACUUUUUGAUGCUGCAUCUCUAGAAAUUUCAAUAUUUGAAUUCUUCAUUUCGUAAAGACUAUAGGAUGUCAGUAUAUUGCUACAUUUCUUCUUAUAUUCUGUAUUGGCGCCUUUGAUCCUUAUUUAGAGGCGAAUACUUCCCAUGAAGUUAUAAAUUAAAUGAACAAACUUUGAAAAACAUUACUAUGCAUGAUUUAUAGGUGAAAGCGUUCACGACGCCGCCACCUGCGGUGAUGGCUGUGACUAAGGCCAUCAUGAUUCUGCGCCCGUUAGGUCGCGAGGAUGCGUCCCAGGGCUGGGCAGGGGCCAAAGCGAUGAUGAGUGAUACGGGUUUCUUGCGGUCGCUGCAAGAGUAUCGUAAGGACGACAUGAAGGAACGGCAAAUCACGCAGAUUCGCGUGGAGUUCAAUAAAGAUAAGGAGACACUGGUUGAUAACGACGGCGCGAAGAUGAAGACUAUUUCGAAAGCGGGCUAUGGUUUGUUGCAGUGGACACUGGCGAUGACCAAGUACUACGACGUCGCCAAAACAGUAGAACCCAAGAAGAAACUGGUGAAAGAACUGCAGGUCCAAAAAGAAGAAGCAGAAGCCAAUCUCGAAGCGAUUAACGACGAACUGGAAAAACUCUCCUCGAACUUGGCCAAACUGACCGAAGACGAGAAGGAACAUUAAGACCUCGUGUUAAAAAGUGAGUUGUAACAGUGUAUAUUAAGAAGUAAAUGAAAAGAACAACAAGUAGCAUUUUUAGAAUUUCCUACGCGUCCUCUGAGUCUGACUGCAGGACUUAGGAGCUACAUUACUAUUUGGUAAUUGCAUAUAGUCACCAAUGUAGUGUUUAUUGAAACGAAAGGAACAUUUUUCCAAGUGGUCGCUAUUUAAUACGUGGUUGUAACAUCCCACCUGCUAACAAGAGUCCGCGAAGUUGAAGGAAUUGAAGGACGAGGCGGAUUUGAUGCAACGGCGACUAGGUGCUGCUUCCCAGCUGAUUUCCGGAUUAGGCGGGGAGCGCGUAAGAUGGACUGCGGACCUAGAGGUGCAAGGCGAGAUCCGAACGAGGUUGGUGGGGGACUGUCUCACUGGCGCAGCUUUCGUGUCGUAUGCCGGACCCUUCAACCACGAGUUCCGAACACAAAUGGUGUACAAGGACUGGUUUGGCUUUAUCGACAGCAACAAAAUCCCAAUCUCACCACAAUACAGACUAGAAACGUUGCUGACAACAGAAGUGGAGGUAGCGGCGUGGAAUGGAUUCGGUCUGCCAGCAGAUGAGCUGUCAGUGCAAAACGGUACUUGAAUUUAUUGUCCACAAGCGAUCUCAUCCUCAGCUGAUCAAAUAAUAGAAACAGAAGGCAAUCGAACGCUUAUCAUCCCAUGCUUGCUAGCUUUAAGUUUUUGCCUUCAAAGAAGCCAGUAAGAAAGUACAAUGUGCUCAUCUUCAUCUCAUAUACUAAUAACAAGGUAUCCUCGUCGCUCGGUCUGCACGAUAUCCACUCUGCGUGGAUCCCCAAAUGCAGGCGGUUAACUGGAUUAAAAAGAAAGAGGCGAAAAACGGCUUAACCGUGAAGACUUUUAACGACGACUACAUCAAAUUUCUAGAGCUCGCGAUCACGUACGGAAAGCCGUUCCUCUUCGAAAACCUAGACUUAAGAAAAAGAUUCUUAUACCGACGAGGUAAUCUUCUCUGGUAGAAUGUGCUGCUAUGUUGAGCGAUGACUAUUACCGCUCCCAUAAAGUGUGCGUUGAAAGACCACUGCGUCCUCACUCUAUGUAUAUCAUAGCUUCUAAAGAUUAGAUACUUCACUUUCAAUGCAGUCUGUAUCACAAGAUGAGAUACUGUUUUCAAAGGCCAUUCAACUCCGUUUUUUAGCAUUUUUUCUAAUUUUCGAGGAGUUGGAUCCUAUGAUCGAUCCUGUAUUGGAGAAGGCCUAUACUAUUGUUUCCGGCGUGAAGAUGCUGAAAUUUAAGGCUCGAUACAAUUCAUUUCCAAGGGUCAUUUUCUUCGGUCUCUCCCUUGGGUUUCCGAAGAAAUGAAGGUAAGAAGUGAAUGGUUUUGAGCUCUAAGAAAUUAGGCGAUUCGGAGCUGGAGGUAUCGCCAACGUUCCAGCUGACUCUGUGCACGAAAUUGUCAAAUCCUUCCUACACACCAGAAGUAAUGGGCAAGGUGUCCAUUGUCAACUUCGUCAUUACUUUAUGGCUUUCAUCAUGUACACUGUAACUCUACAGUAAAACACUACUACUCCGCAUGAUGGUGACAUGUUGAAAAAUCAGGAUCGGAUCACUUUUAGCAGAGGACAAGAUGAAACUGGUGAUAAGAUAGAAGACUACAGAGAAGAUAAUGCAUCUAUGAUUAUUUCUACAAGAGUGUCAAAUCUCGCUGGUGCUAUCCGGGAAGAGCUGCGUUGGUUCUUUCGAGAUGCAUUAAUGAGAUGGUGGGAGGAGAGUUUGAUGCUCGAUGACCUUCACAGCAGAUUUGAAUGUAGAAGGUCUUUCUGGACGAGAUACAGAUUGAUACGAGCAGCUGCUAUUUAACGUUGUCGCAGGCGUCUCUAAUUUCUCUCGACGGUCUGGCGGCGCAGCUGCUCAACGUGGUUGUCGGGUUCGAGCGGCCGGAUCUAGAGGCGCAGCGGUCAGCACUGGUGCAACAAAUGAGCGACAAUAAACAGAUCCUCAAGACAUUAGAGGACACCUUGUUACGAGAGCUCGCGAAUUCAAAGGGAAGUAUCCUCGACAAUGAAGGUAACAGUAUAUUUCUCUCUUCGUAACACGAGACAUCCAGGAGAUCAUCGUCUUUUCAGACCAAUUUUCCUGGUAGUACUUUCGCUGAUUUGGUAUCGCACUGAACUCUUUCAUUCAACUCGAUGAUAAUUUACCUAAGAAGAAGAACAUCCAAUACAGAUUUGAUCAACACGUUGAAUACGGCGAAGGCGAAGAGUAUAGAAAUCGGGGAGUCGUUGGAUGCUGCUGCCAUCACCUCAGCGGAGAUAGACAAGACGCGAUCGGCCUACACGAAAGUCGCAAAGCGAGGGUCAAUUCUUUAUUUACGGCUACUCACUAAACAUUACUACUUCUAGCUCCACUUCACAGUAGCCGAAUAGUUUUCCCUCAUUUUCAUCCUAGGUGAGACCCUCUAGUCAAUGACUCAAAUUUGCUGCCGUUGAUUUGAAGUUAUUCAGUACAACAUGCGCGCCGCCUCGCGAUGUUUUUUAGUUUCCUCUUUUUGGCCGUAUUCGUGACACGAGUCGCCAUGUAUGUUUCACCAAAACUCGUUGAACAUCAAAUCGACUACAUUCUUUCAACGAGAAUACUGAAGAGGCAGAUAGUCUGGAUCCUCUAACCUACUUUACCAUGGCCGGACUGGUCGCGAUUUCGAACAUGUACGAAUAUUCGCUCGGCAGUUACCUGGAAGUCUUCGAAAAUGCAAUCAAGGAAGCAAAGCCAGACAGGAUCCUCGACAACCGUCUAAAGAACUUGCGUGAGAAAAUCACCCAGAUGAUGUACUUUGUUUUUCCUCAGUAGCUUGUGCUUGUGUUUGGUUUUAGUAGCCUUGUUGCUGUUAUCGUCGAGGACAACCUUAUUUGUGGCUAGUAUUGAUUUUGAAGAGGAAGUGGAUCAAUCAAACUAGCAGCAUGCUCCUAUUUGCUACUGUUCCUCGUACUCAUCAACCUUUUCGGGACUAUGCAGGUACGACUACACAUGCAUGGGUAUUUUUGAGAAGCAUAAGCUUCUCUUCUCCUUCAAGAUGACGACGAUGAUCAUGCAGGGCGAUGAGUUAUGCUCAAUUGUGUAGUAGUUUGCAAGCUUACUCGAUAAUUGUCAUCUGUCCCUUUGUAAAAGCGAAGACCCUAGUAUUACUUAGAGUCAACCCUUAGUACACCGCAACGCUUAGAACAGACCUUACGAAUUUUCCCUCGACGUAAAUAACUUACUUAUUUACAUGCUAAUCACAUAUAGACGUGUCUCAUCUUCUGCCGCCAAAUAGAGUAAGAAGUAGAACUCUUUACGUUUUAUAAUUCCAGCAGAUGCAGAUUACUAGGAUCUUGAGAGCAGCAUGAUGUGAUAAUAUGUUUAAUUUUCUCUACUAUGAAAUGAAAAAGAUUGCUCUUACUUAGCAAUCUUACGUUUCGGUUGUGUGCUAGGAACUGACUGCAGCAUUUCAACUCUAAGAAUGGAGUUGAUUCAGAAGGAGUUUGAUUUUUACAUGAAGGGCAAUCCGUCCCUAGAGAAGGCUCAGAAAGCCAACCCGCACACCUGGAUAUCAGAGGGAUCAUGGAAAGACUUGGAGCUUUUAUCGACACUCGAUCCCAGUUAUGAGCAAACGCAUACUUGCUUGAACUUUUAUAAUUUUAAUUUCGAUAUUGAUGUAAGUCUACUGAAGAAGGGAUUAUAGUUGAUGCUCGUGUUGAAGCUGAUAGUAGCUGGGGUCAAUAAUAGAAAUGUUAUUGAUUUUGAUAUGAUUUCGUGAAUAUUCAUGCUCCGAUUCUUCUACGUGCUACUAGAAACGACUAGAAUUUUAGAUAGCUGAUCUUAGUACUCUUCAUGAUAAGAAUCUCUAAGUUCGUAUGAAGACGCUCUGCGACGAUAUUAUCAAGGAGGGAGCGGCCUGGAGAGCGUGGUAUGAUCUAGAGACGCCGGAAAGCGAAGUGAUUCCAUGCGGAUACGGCGAAUUAGACCCCUUCAAACAGAUGCUCAUCAUCCGUUGUUUCCGACCUGAUCGAAUCAUCAAUGCGACGAAAAACUUUAUCUUAUGAUACAUCUCUGCCUCUGGAUUUCAAUUCAUUGUGUGACUUCUUCUGUUUUUAAUAGGUCUUUUAGUUGUAAGAGUACGAAUAACGAUAGCGGACCAUUGGUAUAGAAGUGGUUACCAUUCGGUUCCAAGAAAGUUAUGGAGCCGAUUAGUAAUGCCUAGAUUAUAUGUAGUUCCCAACUCUAAUAUGUAUUUGGCGACUGUACGACUACUUUGUUCAGCCACCAUCGCUGCAGUUCGACAAGAUCUAUGCACUGAGUAGCGAACGGAGCCCCAUCGUUUUCGUGCUGUCACCAGGUGCCGAUCCGCAGUCCGAUCUGCAGAAACUGGGUGAACAAAUGGGUUUCGUGGGUCCCAAAUGUAAGGCUCAUAUUGUAUCCUGAUAGGUGUCGGAACCCAUACGUCUGUUAGAGAGACUUGGCGAAAAGAACCUUGUUACAGACGUCGGGAAAAGUACAAAAACUCCGACGAAGAAUUACGGAUAUCUCUAAGCAAUUUCGAUUCGUUUCCCUCGGUCAGGGUAUGGGACCAGUUGCAGCUGCCAAUAUCGAAAGUGGGCAUACUAGAGGACAGUGGGUCAUAUUGCAGAAUUGCCAUCUGCUUGUCUCGUGGUUGCGAACACUCGAGAAAAUAUUAGAGUUAUGAACUGAAGUUUUUGAUACGAGAACUAAUUGUAUGAUUGAGUGUUAGUUUUCAUAGGAUAACCGCGAACAACAACAACUCUCCACCUCCAUGCUCGAUCCAGGUCAAUACCGUUUUUUGAUAUACUGAUAGUUUCGAAGGAGCCUAUCCAUCAGGCCCUGGUUUACCUUAGCUUUUCUAAUAGAUGGAAUCACGAAGCCGCACAAAGAUUUCCGAUUGUGGCUGACAACGAUGCCUAUCGAUAAUUUUCCCAUGGGCAUUUUGCAGAAGUCGCUUAAGGUUGUGACCGAGCCGCCAGAUGGACUCAAGUUAAACAUGAAACAGACCUACACAAAACUGAGCGACGAAGACCUGAACCAGUGCCCUCAUUGGGCUUGGAAGCCUCUCGUCUAUGUGCUUGCCUUCUUCCACGCUAUUGUCCAGGAUAGACGGAAAUUCGGUACAUGCUUAGUCGCACGCUUACUUUCUUUACUAGUCCACCCACGCGAUUGUGAUUGUGAAGCACUAUUUGUACUGAUCAGAUUUUGAAAAUGUAUGUCUAAAGCCCGUUUAUCUUUAUAUAUAACGACCGCACGCAAUUUAUCAUUACCUACAAGUGAAAUAACAUUUGAAGCCAUACCACUUUCAUUUUCAGGUAAGAUCGGGUGGAACGUGGCCUACGACUUCAACGAGUCAGAUUUGAUGAUCUCAAACAAGUUAACGGCACUGUACCUACAGAAGUCUUUUGACCAGGGCGCGGUGAUUCCUUGGGACACACUGAUUAAGGCACUCAAUUACACUAUAAUUGGUCAUGCUGAAACUGCAAUAUGCGCAGUAGGGUAAGUUUAUUAAGUUUAUUUGGCUCCUGUCCUCCCCCAUCCUUUACGUAGUUUAGGUCAAGUCGUCCUAAAUUUGGAAAUGGAGUUGCCUCCAUAGAAAAAAUAAUAACUUUUCCGAUCUGGUCAGCAAAAGGCGACUGCACAUCGUGAUCUAUUGAAUAGUAGUAGUUGUAAGUGGUGCUUAGAGAGUUAAAUGAAGUAGGACAGGUCUUGAUUUGUUUCGCCCAUCCGCAGCGUUCUAAUUUGGGGUACCUGAUCGGCGAGGCAAUGUAUGGCGGUCGUGUGACGGACAACUACGAUAGAAGGGUAUUCAUUAGACUUUUCUGAAUGUGACAUAAUAUGAUAAUACUGACAUAUCAACACUACCAGGAACAAGUACUAUCAUGUCACAUUGACACUAGUACAGUUGCACGUCGAUGUAUUAAGUGUUUGCCUCUCUUUUGAAGUAUUCUGUUGAUAUUUCUCGAUCGGCAAGCUUUCACAUUUUUGUGAAUUCAUAACAUCUGUGACGGUCUUCACCUCUCUUGUUCUUACCACCAUUUUAACUCUUUUCACCAGGUCUUGAACACGUACCUAGAGGAUUACAUGGGUGAUUUUCUCUUUGAUGAGAACGUGCCCUUCUUCUUCUCGAAAGACGGAUUCGAGUACAAAUGCCCUGGCCAGGGGGACCAUGCUGACUACAUGUCGAAUAUCCUCUCACUGCCGAUUUCGCAAAGUCCAGGUACCUGGAGAAAAUAACUCAAACGUCCAUCUGUGCAAACCUGACCUAACCUAAUCAAAAUCAUGUAGUUGGGUCGCGAUACAAAAACCUAUGGUCACAUAGAUGAUGAUAACAUAUCCACCGUACAGGGUAGACGUAGAUGAAUUAUUUUUGUGUCUACUUCUUUGGAUGUUCUUGCAAGAAGUUCUUGCCUCACUGUAGGGACACAAUGUCCUAUCAUGAGUUGUCAUAUAAUCUCUAUAAACUACACUCUGUCCUUCAUCUGUAUUAGGUGUUUUCGGUCUCCAUCCGAAUGCGGAAAUUAACUAUUUUACCAACGCUGCGAAGGAGAUUUGGUUCGGUCUAUUAGCUAUGGAGACUGGAAGUGGUGGAAGCGAGGGAGGCGUUUCCAGAGACGACCACAUCGCAAAGGUAGCAGAUGAUAUCGUGAAAAGAAUACCAGACGAUGACCUCAAGUUCAUUAAAGGUAUUUCUAUUUUUGAUGUUCUUCGUAUCGUACAACGAAGAUCUCAAAUUGUUCUUUUUUAUUCAAAGAAAUGUAUUCUUUCACCGUUUGACUUUGAGGAAGAAUGUAACCCCAAAGAUUGUAGGGCUGGAUUUCUUAUGCAGACAAUGACGGUCAUAAUAUGUUGAUCGUUUUACAAGGAUCUGGAAGAAGAUAGUAGUUGGAAGAAAAGGGUCGAAUAGAAGAUGAAAUUCUCCCUGUGAUUGAAGUAGAUGAUGGAAAGAAAAACACCAAGUCGUGUUUAUUGUAGGAUGUAUUUGAUCUUCAACGCAUGACAGAUGAUGUCCCGACGCCGAACGAGGUCGUUUUGAUGCAAGAGAUGGAGCGCAUGAACGCGUUGACAACGCGCAUGUACAUUAAGGCUUUGCACAUGAAUCCUGAUAUACUACUCCAGAACCACAUUACACUUCGAGAAUAACUUACUCUUUCGGGUAGAAACAUCUGAUAAUACAUAGCCCUUUGAUGCCACAGAAACAUCUGAAAGUACACCGUCCUCUAAGACAAGCAGUUUGUUGGAUCUGAAGCGCGCACUGAAGGGCGAGAUCGGUAUGUCGCAAUUACUGGACGACAUCGGUUCGUCGUUGUUUAACGGUUUUCUGCCAUCAUGGUGGGCCAAACUUGCGCCGCAGACGGAGAAGCCUCUCGGUAGUUGGAUGGACCACUACAGUAAGCGGUACUUGCAAUACGACACGUGGGCCAAGGAGGGCGAUCCCGCUGUAUUCUGGCUAUCUGGACUUCAUAUUCCGGAGUCGCUGCUGAGUAGUAUCAUUCAGACAACGUGCCGUCUUAAAGGCUGGGCAUUGGAUAAAGCUACCAUGUUCACGGAAUGCACCAAAUACACCGAAAAAAGCCAGGUCUCGGAAAGGCUUCUCGACGUUAUGGAGCACGACUUAACGUCAUUUUUAUCCGUAUAUGUACUAGACUGGAGGUUUUCUCUAUCUCUAUCGUGCAAUCGAUUUUUCGAUUAUCUAGUAAGGUUGACAAGAUUAUACUAGUGCUUGCUUUAUUGCCGACGUGAGGUCAAGGCAUAUCCUGUCCUGUCCUCUUCUUCUCUAUCCCAUCCUCUUUGUCGCACAGCGUCACAACAACAGCAACAAAGCAACAACAACAAAAGAGUCUGUUUUUUUUUCUAACUUUGGCACCUACGUGGAGGGCCUGUACAUCGAGGGCGCGCGCUGGGAUCUAGAAAAGGGUUGCUUAGCUAGACAGCUACCGAAAGUGCUGGUGGAGGUGAUGCCGCUGAUCAAGAUCAUCCCGGUCGAGGCCAACCGUCUGAAGCUGCGAAACUCGCUACCGACACCCGUCUACAUCACGCAACUGCGACGAAACGCCAUGGGUGUGGGGCUCGUCUUCGAGGCGAACUUGCACACAGAGGUACACCCGAGUAUUUGGGUCUUGCAAUCGGUUGCGAUGAUGCUCAACGACGACUCGUAAGCGUGACGCAGUGGGUGAAAUCAACCUCCGACAGAACCAAAGGAGAUGAAGCGUAGUACUUCGACUUCAUCGUAGGAAUGGAGAAUUAUUACUAGGGGGAAACGGAUGGGCAUUUUCGUACCUAUUUAGGUUCUGCUUGUCGAAAGAGGAGGUCCCUGUCCCUGAUUUCUUUAGUACCCCUGUGGUCCACCUCGUCAGAGUCUUCAAAUUUGUUUACUCGAGUUUCUACAGGACAUAUCAUUGAACAUUUAUCUCUAUCCUCUGAUUGUCUACGUCUCCUCUCAGCAUUAAAUAGUUGUUCCUGUCUCCUCUUAUAAAGUCAACGCGAUUCUCCAUCAUCUGUGUCUUCUUCAUCUCGUUCCUUUUUUGUUCUUGCAUUAAUUUGUCGUAAAAGGAAAGAACAAGCGUAGCAAAGCGUGGCCUCCUGCAUGGAGCUUCGUCAGUUCGAAGUAGAAGAGGCAAAUGUUCGUUUUCUCAUCUUAUUUCUGUUCAGUUCUCUCAUCAACAGCUGUGCGGAAAACACGAUUUUCUUAACACUAAGUCUCUUGCGUCUUCAUCAUCCAAUUUCUUGCUAUGGUCGUCUCUCUCCUGAUUUAUUCUUAUCUUGAUAGAUAGCUAGGUCUGGUCCAUUAUCAAAAACAAGAUACGACACGCGCGGGCGGGGAAUGUUGGCUCUUCUUGUUGGUGCAGCAGUGACCGGCAUCUAUUUCGACUACCAAAUCUCUUGGUGUUGUAGUAAUGUUAGUUAUUAUCUUCAAAUCGUAAGCCUUAUUUCUUGUUGUAGUUAUUUCUUACUGUUGCCCAAAUCACAGAACGCUAUAUGCGAAACAGAUUGCCCAUCUAUAAUAGAAGUGUGUACAGGUACCGCGUAAACAAAUGUGUACAGAUUGAGUUGCUAGACGUGGAAACAUAAUGAAACACCGUAACAACCUCUUGCAGAACCCUGUUGAAGAACGUCCAUGAUUGAUGUUGUCGCUUCCCCCGUGCUUAAUUUUUCACAAUCUAUAGAUAACCGGUACUAGGCUAGUAGGACUGCCAGGGAAACACCACGAUAAUGGAGUAAGUACUUCGUACUGCCGCGGCUUGACCCGGUGGAGUCGCUUGGAAGCAGCGUAGUAUCUUCAAGGGUGGUGUCACGUGGCUUCCGAUAAAAUGAAAUGAAACCAAAGGAGACGGAUGUCUCUGACCCUAUGGAUAUUUUUCGACGAGGACAAGAAAAAAUAAUGUUUAUGCUAUCGCGAAACUUGAAACGUGCAGUCAUCUAUACGAGGACUUCAGCUAUACCAAGUGAAACAAAGAGUUAUGAACUGUCAUGGCAACACCCCAAAUGAUGAAUUCAAAUGUACCCUUGUUGUGAAAAAUGCUGUCCCCUUCACCCUUUCCCGCCUUGAAAUA